ACAGAUGGAGAAGGCUAGCCGGCUCGCUGUGUCACAGAGAGUCCCCUUAAGCCUACGUGACAACUCACAUACUGUCCCUUUGUGACCAGCUCAAUCGGCAGAAUGCCCGGUCUCUGCGUGCUUUGUCUGGCCGCCGCGCUGGCUGCGUUCACCCGGCUCGCCGGCACCGUGGGUCCGGUGGUCCGAUGCGAGCCGUGCGACGCCGGAGCGCUCCUCCAGUGCAAGCCACUGCCGAAGGACUGCGCGGAACGGGUGAGGGAGCCCGGCUGCGGCUGCUGCAUGACGUGCGCCCUUGGUGAGGGACAGGCGUGUGGAGUGUACACGGCGCGCUGUGGCUCCGGCUUGACCUGCCAGCACCAGCCGGGGGAGAGCCGACCCCUGCAAGCUCUGCUGGAGGGACGGGGAGUGUGCUCCAGCGCUGCAUCCAAAAAGCUCCACAGCAUUCUCAUACCGGCGCAGAAACAGGGUAGGAAGCGAUUUUACCAAGAUUUUCAUGCUUUGUGGAUUCAUUGCUGCGAUUUUUACUCGAGUGUUAUGACAGGCGCUCCCCCCUGAGAGGUGUUGCUCUUUAGUGGCCAGGUCUGGGGGGCUCCCUGCUAGUGGAAAAAAACGACUAAGAGCGUUUCAUUGAUGGUGGAUGAGAUAAAGAUGCUCGGAGUUAUCUAAUGAACUCGUUAAACAUGCUGAAUAUUCAGUAUCUGGGCUUUUCUUGCUCCAUCGUGGCCACCAUUCCACGCCGCGGGGCAUUAGAGGAGAGGCUUGACAUUGCGCAGGGAUGUGUUCGCGCAGGCGAAACAAAUCCCAUAGGCUCCUGAAAGUUUAAGUGGAUAACAGCAGCUAUGGGCUGGAGCUUUACGCAGCAAUUAAUCGCUGCUUACACACCAGGCGGCCACUUUUUCCAUGUGCGCACAGAGAUGGAACUUCAUGCGUAAAGGACGAAAUUGAAUUUAAGAAAUGAAAAGAUUGUCGUCUGGGGUUUUUGCAGAAUGGUUGUUUAAAAAAAAAGUGCAACAGUGCUCCAUCUCUGUGUCUCCACAACACACACAGACACACACACACAGACACACACACACAGAAACACACACACAGACACACAGAGGCUGGCUGCCUCAAACCAAUAGUUAAGGAAUGCCACAUACAUACUGUAAGUAUACAGUAUUUAGCUGAGGCUGAGUGCAGACCAUGUCCUUGUCUUCUGUAAUGUCCUUAUUUUUCCUUCAAGUAAAGCUCAGGGAUUUUUGUACACAGCAUGAAAAUAUGUACUGUUGCUUCCUGGUCCAGGAUGUGGGCCAAGAUCUCAAGAGUGUGUGGCAAACACAGCGGGGGGAUCAUUUCUCCGGAUUCCCUUUGAGUGACCAACACAGACGAUCACAGAUCAAUGAUGAAUAACCUUCAUUUUACUCUCUGCUCAUCCUCAGAGACUUGAUAUCUGUGUGCUGUUUCUGUGAGCGGAUGCUGGUGAAACGGCACACAUGCCACCUAUAUGUGAAUACACACUGUUGUGUGUUUAGGGCCCUGCUGACGUCAGGCCUCCAGGAGCCUCUGUGUGUGUUUUCUUCUUCUCCUGAGUAUUUGGUUUGGCCUCUGCAAUGUGUGCGGUGCAGAAACAAUGUCAUACACACAAAUGAAUUCACACAUUCAUCCAACAUCAGCUCCUCCAAACUCUUCUCCUCCUCAAACUUCUUCAAGUUUCACUCAGAGUUUGUCAUUUAAGACGAACUCUGAAUUAUUUCCCACUUUAAGGGGAAAGAGGUCGACUGUAAACAACCUGAUCCCAGCCCUCAGACAGGUAUGGAUGCAUGCUGCUUGGAGGGAAAAAAGUAGGAAAUGAUCCACAGCGCCCCUGUUGGUUGCAAUGUGUAAGCGCGGCCCUGUGCUUUUGACCGCCAUCAGUCCCAGCUCCUCAGCAGCCUCUCCUCCCAGACAUUAACAAGCUCCCCUCAACCGCAGUUUGUGCUGUUUACCUCUGUGCCAUUAUACAAACAAAUUGCGUAAUGUGUUUACCUAAAACGCCCCAGACUUCCUUGAAAGGUUAUAUAAAAGUUUAUAUUGACAAUAAAAAUUAAAGCUCGCAGGAGACCUUCCAGAGAGCGCCGUUUAUUGUCCUCGCUUUUGGACAUUUAUGGAUUUUGUAGAUUUGAGAAAACCGUGAGAAAGCUGAAGAGCGUCUGAUACGGUCGGGGUUCAGGGCGACGCCGUUGUUGACAUGCGUGUUGUUAUUGUAAGCUGUGGAGAGACUGUGGAGCCCCACCACGUCACUAAUUGAUCAGGUGGUCAGAGAGAAAAGGGGCGGGCUGCCAGCCUGCCUGCCCACACAGGCUACACCCCUACAUGCCCGUCCGCCGCCCUCACCGCAGCUCUCCAACGCAGGAUCUGCUUCGAGUUAACCGUUCCAAACUGUUUGGGUGUGUGUGUGUCUGUGUGCCGCAUGUGUGUUCCAAUCGCCGCCGGGACGUCUCAGACUGUGGCCUUUUGGCGGUGUGGCUCACCGGGUGGCACAUGACGGGUGGUUUAAUCCUCUCCUAUAUCAGGGAGGGUGUCGGGCGCCCCCCUCCUCUCUUCCUCGCAGUCAGAUGGUCUGUCUUUAACGAUUUGACAGGAAUCUUUGCCAACACCGAGAGCUAUUAAUAUACCUGCUCUCUCAUCUCCCACUUUACCUCUCUCUGCCCUCACCCUCUCCUCUGUUUGCCCCGAACCCCCGUCGCCCCACCCGACUCUCAUAAACACGUACAAAACACGCUCUUCUUCAGAGUGUCCUUAAAAAGUCUUGUUUACACUCAGUUCCUCUCUGCGGCUCUAUCUCUUGGUCGGCAUGCUGUGGAAAUUUGUGGAUAUGAGAUCGUCAUGUUUCUGUUUAUUACUUGGCUUCGUCUCUGGCUCCAAAACAGCCCACAAGGCAAUGAGCUCACGUUAUUUUGUGUCUUUUAAACAGACCUCUGUUAGACAGUGGAGAGCUCUCCGCUGGAUCAGGAGGAGCAGGCAUUCAUCAUCCUGUAUUACAAUGUUUUGAUCAGACUUGUAAACUUAAACAACUGUGGGAUUCUGAUACUCUGCUGCAGGGCAACCUUAAUGGAAAAAUAAAUGAUGAUGUUUAGCAGCUGAUUGCCUGUUUCUGUGGAGCACAGAGUUGUGAAAAAGCACUCUGCUUCAUUCAGAAAUGUCCUAAGAUAUGAUUAAAGUCUAAUUUAAGGCUUGUGCAGCCUUCAGUUUAGCUCUGAGAGCAAAUAAGGGCAAGUUUACUUCUUCUCUGCAGAGUCGAACUUGAUCCUGGAGGUGAAAGGGAUCAUUAAGUCGACCUGAGAUAACGUUUCAAACGUCUUAUGAAAACAGGAAGCGGGUGUAGCUGUGCAGGUACUCCAUUUAUUUACAUGUUAGCUGUGUAUUUUUGAUUAAAAAACGACCUCUGCAUCACGUCAUCACCACAUCUUUCCUUCAUCCUUGUUGGAUCAGUGCUGUAGAGUAGGGCCGGCUGAUAAAUCAAUUGUUAUUAUUACUGUUUGUGAUUUUAUUUUUCUUGAUAGGAAUAUAAAAUAAUGUUUGAUAAGACUCUGAUAGAUUUAAAUUUGCAAUUAAAUCACCCAAACGCUAAAAAAGGAGGCGCCAUUGAGACACAAUUUUAGCUUCCACUUCUGAUCAAGGCCGAUGUGGGUGCAGUUCCUUUAAUGUCCACUUGGGGCUGUCUACGAAAGCCGUGAAAACUAGGGGUGUCCCCAUACAACUUUUUUACUUCCAAUUCGAUACCGAUAUUGUAGCCUUCAAUACUGACCGAUACCGAUAUUGAUCCGAUAUUGGCACAAACUUGUGUAUGACAAGUUUUGCACUCAGUUGUAAUCUCUCUUUCGGAAUUCAACGAAAAAUCCUGCCACAUGGCCGACAUCACUCCUACUCCUUGCUACUUUGUUUGUACUUUAGUUCACACUGUUGUUGUGAUUUUGUGGGCUCUACAUGCUGGAUAGAGGUGCUGGAGUGGAGUCUGGAAUGGACUGCUUGUAUCGGAGUGCUUAUAUCAAAGAUUUUAGAUGAUAUAAGACACAUUUUUGCUGAUAUUGGACCGAUAUCUGAUAUCAAUAUCGUAAAGGUGAAAAAUCUGCUUUUUAAUGUAUAAGAAAUAACAAUUUGAAAUUUUAUAAUUACUGUUGACAUUGACUCACAUUAAAAAUUAAACCAUAAAAAUAUUUGUUGUUACAGACUUGAGCAAUCCCACAUUAUUUUCUGCCCAAAAUGGACAACUGAGAAGACAUGGGCACCACAUAAUGCAUGAUAGAUGAUGCUUUUUCGGUGCUUUUAUGAAUCCUCAGAGAAAAACUCAGUUUUAUCAAGGACAGGGAAGAGCCGAUAUCUGGGUAUGCAGAGAAAGUCCGUGUACACUAAAGGGUUAAAUUUAGAAUUGGAGAGUGAACCGGUCCACUUAAAGCACUUGGUUUGUUCUUCGUUCGACAAAUGUAUAGUAAGUGUAUUAGAGCAGCUUUUGAGGGGUGAUCUGGUCCAGAUUUGACAGGUUUAUGGAGGAGCUGGUCUGUGAUUGGCUUAAAAACAUCCUUGGGUCCUUCCAUCUGAUAUUCUCCAAAAGUAUAGAUGUGAAAACAGCUACUCAAACAACCAGCUGAUUGAUAACUCUGAUUUCUUAAAGAUUUAUAAAACAUUUCAAAGCUUACGCGUCACUUUUACCCCCAACAGAAAAUGCUGGAAAUCAGGUAGAAGAAGGCUGUGCCAACGGAACCACGACUGCGACCGUCCUGCCCGGCAUGGGGACAGUGAAGGGCGGGCACAGCCGAGGGUCGAUGGACACCAGGCCUCAGCUGCACAACAAACUGAUCCAGAAGGAUCAGAACAGGAAGACUCACAGCUACAAGGUGGAAUCAGUGUCAGGAGGAGCCAAUAUGGACAUGCACAACUUCUCCCUGGAGAGCAAGAGGGAGACCGAGUAUGUAAGUGAAAAAAGAGUCUGUUUAACGUCUUCGUUUCGAGUCAGGGUUCAUAAAGACAGAUGCUGCAAAAACUAUUGAUACCCUGAGGAUUAUUCUCCUUUCUGUAUUUCCUUCAGCCAAAAGAAAACCAGAUGUAGUUGCUGUUAUGCUCUUUGUGCAAAAAUUAGAUCAUUGCAAACUCUCCUAUCUCCACAUCAUUCCCCUUAAUGUCCAAAUUUCAGAACCUCUGCCCCGACACAGGGCUCAUCCAACACGCAUGAAUUUGGCCGGACACGUGUAUCACGCAAAAACUUACAAAAAGUCUUCUUACACCGAUACCUUAAACUCAACAGGAAGUCUGCCAUUUAGGGAAGUCAAAGGGUGUGGCUGUACCCGCUUAACAGUCAGAGCCCCCUAUAGGUUAAAGGCAGUACUACAAUGCCUACCUCGUGUUUACAGUCAGACAGGUAUAUUCACAGGAAGAACCAAAGUUUCUGUUCACUUCACAUCGCUUAAAGUGAAGAUCCUGCUGCUUCAUGAUGUGAUCGCCUGUUUAUCGCUGCUUGCAGCUUUAAAUCUGGAUCUUUUAAAACCUUUUUGGCGUGGUCAACACCAUAUGAGCUUUUCCACGACUAGUUUAGAACUGAGUGUCAACAAAAACAAAAGCAAAGUGUCUUUCUGAACCUCUACUCUUGAAGUUAGAAAAUGUUCUGCUGUCAUACUUCAUGUUUUGCACCUACUUAAAGGAACCUGUUGGUGUUUUAUGUGCUAUAAGAUUUCCUCUGUACAUUCAGCAUCACUUCACAGGUGUUAUUUUAUUACAUCUAAAGAUUUGAGUCGUUGAUUUGUUCUCAAAAGCUCAUCAAACUGGUGGUCAACCUGUGGUGUGUGGUGUCAUUUAAAUAAGGUAGAUUUAAUUACAUGUAAUGAGCUAAUAUUAUGUAAGAGAAGAAACCAAACAAACAAUCUAACUUCACACCAAACUGUCCAACCUAAAGAAAAAAGUUCUAUAUUCUGUAGGAAAGCUUGAAAGUUCUUGUCAUUUUUGUUAAAUUUUCACAAAUCUUUUAAACUCAUUUUUCAUUUCAUAUUCAUUAUCUGUAAUUUCUCUUUUACCUGAUCUAUGCAUCAGAAUAUUAAUAGGGCUGCCCUUAACAAGAGCGACAGCGACUGCACCACAACUAAACUCAGUUCCAAAAAUGUUCAUCGUAAAAAACUUAGAGAAAAAACAGAUUUUAAUAGUUUGCAAAUCAUUUAACCUGCAAAUCAAACCUUAUAUUAAUCUAGAAUAGUGCAAAGACACAGUAUCAAACAUUAAACAUUGAAUAUUAAAUGCACAGUUUAGAUAUGAGGCCAGCGGCACGUUUCAGAAAAGUUGUGCAAUGCUAAAAAAAAAUCCCCUGAAACGUCAUCUGCUGACUCAUCCAUCAGGUUGAUUUUCAACAGGUGAGUCACACAUGACCUGGUUUAAAGGUAUGUUAGACAGGAAUGUAUAGAGUGUCAUAAAAAAAUCAGAGGGAUCUUGAGAAAUCUCUGAACAGAAAGGACGACUGCAUUAAAAAAAGACAUGACUCUGUAGUGAAAAUCACUGCAUGGGCUCAAAAGUUUGUGGCCACAUCCACAAAUACUGCAUAAAAGUGUACCAUGCAAACUUCACAGAUUUGUUAGUUUGAAUUGUUCACUGAUGAAUCGAGAAAAAGACAUUUUCAGGUUAAUUUUCUACAAACUAUUUAAAAUGCGUCUGAAAAAUGCCGAUCUUUCUCCUCCUUCCUGUACCGUCAGCUGUCCUAUUCGGUCAAAUAAAGUCCCAAAAUAAAUCUUUGUUUUAAAUUCUGCUGUCAGACUCAGAAAGUCUGCGUUUUGUUUUGUCCUCUCGCUAGGAAACCGUUAAACUACGGUGUCCAAAAACAGCCGGAUUAAAAAGUGUGAACAUAAUGUCCGCUUGUCUUGUGCGGCCCGUCCUCGGUGAAGUGUUUGACAGAACGGAUACCAAAAUAAUGUCAUCAUACGGUGUGGUGAAAAAGGUUUACCCAACUCUCCGACCGCUUUCGGUUGAACUGGAACACUCAGGAAGUGAACUUUUGCAGACUCUGAUGUUCAAACUUAUAAUCGCAUGACCGCUCCUCAUGUUCUUCGUGUCUGUGACUGUGUAAGGAUGAGUGUGUAAUAUUUGUGUCGUCGGGGUGUGUUUGCCGCGUUGCUAGGGGCCGUGCCGGCGGGAGAUGGAAAGCAUCCUGAGCAGCCUUAAAAUCAGCAACGUGCUCAACCCGAGAGGCUUCCGCAUACCCAACUGUGACAGAAAGGGCUUCUACAAGAAAAAACAGGUGAGUGGCUCUCCCCGCUGUCUCUCUGUCCCCCUAAUACACACACACACACACACACACACCUGCAAACAUGCAAAUAGACCCACCGCAUGCCUGAACACUUCCAAAGAAUCCUCGGCGACUCAUCCCACCCACCCACACACGCACACAAUCCCCCCUUUUUUGUGCAGCUCAGGUUGCCUUGACAGCCACAUCAACACUAUAUUAUCAGAAUGGCUAAUAAGCAUGUAUUACUCCGGUAAGUGCACUGCAGCCGGCUGACUCAUGCCUCACAGGAAAUGAAGUCGGUCAGGUGUGUUUGUGGGUGUGUGGUGUGGGAGAGUGUGGGGGGUAGGGAGGUAAGAAUGCGGUCUGGGAGUGUGUGUGGCACGGUAGAUGUGGCGGCAGGGGAGUGUAUGUAUGGCGCUUGUUUGAUGGCGGUAGUUUUGGUGAGGGUGUGUAGGUGUGGGGCGCUGUUGGUGAGGUAAAAAAAACAAACAGGCUGUCACUGGUUUAGUUUUUCUCGUCCGUGGUGCAGCAGUCUGGGGCCACCCAUACAUAGCCGGCUAAAAUUCAUCGGAGGCGGAGGAGGAGGAGGAGGGGCGAGACGGGAAAAAGUGGCGGAUGGAUGGACAGGGGAGGAGGGGAGGGGAGGUGGCGCUUUGGUGAAGCAUACGGCGUGUCAAAUAAACAGUUUCCUGAUUAUGGCGGCCUUAUCGGAGGGGUUCUUGAGCCGUUCUAAGAAAUGCAUGAGUCACUUAAAACCCCCCACAAGUACCAUGAGUCAGAGACCAACUCAAACCAUAACACACACACACACACUGUAACACACACACACUGUAACACACACACACACUCUCAGAGAAAACAAUCAUCCUCUCAGAUUUUCACCUCAAACUGCCUUUUUACUGCUUUUCAUUAAAAUCAGACUCUCUCCUUUUCCUGGAUUUUGUCAACAAAUAUCUACCAGGAAAGUGUUAGUUCUGGUCUGUGUGCGUGUGUGUGUGUAAAAGUGUGUGUGUGCAUCAGCGUGCCAGCCCUUGUCGCCCUUUUCUCAGCGAGACGGUGGGGUGCAGGGUGUUGUGUGUUAAAUCCAUCCGAGGGGAUGUGCCUUCACGGUGUGUUGCAGAGAUUUAUGACCGGAAGCAGAGCGAAGAGGAGACCGUGUGAACCGUCUAGGGUGACAAUACUGUGAAAAGAAGGGAGCGAGGGGGGGAGGAUGGGGAGGUGGGGUGGGGGGGGGUGAAGGACUGAGCGGAGGAAAAAAGAGGCAAAACCAUCCACAUGAUACACAAGCUGUCCCAGAGUCCUAACACCAAACCCCGGCUGAUUCCCGUUCAUCUCAAACCGUCACGAACUUUCGAGAAGAGUCCAAUAAAGUUUCAUGUUUCAUACGGGAAUGGAAUCGGCAACCAAACGAGCUUUUCAACCACCUUCUUCCAGGAAAUGAAGGAUCUCGACUGUCUCUUUAGUGCAUUUGUGUUUGUUUUCUCGGUAUCGUAGAUCAGAGGGUGACGGCGAUAUUUGAAGAUCACCUUUAGCUGGAACGAUAGGCUGGCAAUCGUAUUUGAGAAGCGUGUUUGUGGGUGUUGCAGGUGCAUGAAAAGGUUCCAUAAAAGGUCUCAAGAGUAAGAAACCGCCUCUCUAAAGUGAUGAGACCGGACUAGUUUGUCCAGGUCGAAGUCUUGUCUGUCAGUGACCCAGAACUUUGCUAACUGGCCCAGUCGUCUCGGUAUCGGUAUAUUCCAUGUCAAAAACAUAAAUAAAUCAAAGUUGUUUUUGGAUGUGUGUAGGUAGGUUAUGGUCUCAUGUCCAUUUAAGACGCUGUCCUACGUCAGAGACGUGACUCCUACCCAUCCAGUCUGUAACAAAGAGGGAAAGACAGGUGAGGAGAUGGAGGACGGAGAGAAAGUUGGAGCGGCUGAAGUAGACGAAGUUAAUGUGGAAGGGGGUGAGCAGCUUGUGGAGUAGUUAUCAAUUUAUCGUUAUCGAGGUGAACUGCUAUUGCUGCUGACAUUGAUUUGAGGCCAGAUCACCCAGCCCUACUCAGACACGUGGCUUGACUUGGACUCUGUCCCGAGCAUCGACUCUUAUAGUCCUCUAAAAUUAUAGACGAGGACUUGAAUAUUCAAUUUGAAUAUUAGUUUUCUCCUCGUGUUUUUAUUUGAGUGUAUUUUCUCUGUGAUUUUCCCUCGUGUUUCUGUUCCCUAUUGUUCCUGUGAUCUUGUGAGUUUUCAGUUUGUGUUUCCCUCCUGUUCCCUGUGUUUUAUUUUGUAGAUCAGUUUUCAGUACUUCCUGUUUUAUUUUGUAGUAGUCCAUCCUUGUGUUUCCAGUCUGGUUUUACUUCCUCAGUUUUCCCUCCUCAGUAGUUGUCUCACCUGUGUCUCGUCUGUCUCACCUGUGUCUCGUCUGUCUCACCUGUUGCUCGUUUCCCUGUGUGUGUAUCUAGUCCCCGUCUUCCCCUGUUUCUGUGUUGGUUCAUUGUAUGUCUGUGUCUGUUUGUGUCUGCCUGUUCCCUGUGAUCUUUUAUGAAUGAAUCCUUCGUCUCCUGGUGGUUUUUGUUGCUUUUUUUCCCUUCUUUUAAUAAAUCAUUUUUUUGUUCUGCAUUUGGGUCUUUUUUUCUUGGAAAACCAGGAUCUACCAGUUUUAUUAUCAACCAUGCAUUCAAAUGUGACACUUACCAAGGCCACAUUAGCUCAACUUUAGCAGGAAACUAAUAAAACACUAAAAAGCGAGAAUAUUUCAGGUUCAAGACUGUAAUUCUGCAACUUUUUGUGUCAGUCAGAACGUUUACAUGAUACUUGAGAAAACCAAAUUUGUGCCUUACUCCGAUCGAGACCGGAAAACUAAAGUGCAUGUAAACACUUAAGCCAACUAUAAUCGGAGUUUGAGAACUGGAAUCCUCGAACGUUGAUUAAGACACCCAGAUAAUAUGAUUGGAAUUUGAUUUUCUCUACCAUGUAUCCAGCGUAGUCGGAGUAUGAUAGGACAAUGCAUCGUGCGUGCGCCACGCCCCGUAACCUUGGAACUAAAACACCAGAGAAGAGGAGUAGCGUUCGUCUCAUCUGCAGAAAAAGUAGUGCGUCCAUCAUGUAGGACAAAAUCAACGCUGUACGAUGCUCCAUCUACUUGUUUCUCCAAAAUGCCCAGCAGCAGUUGUAGACACUUCUGACGUCUGACACCGACCUGCUGUUGUUGUUGACGGUUGGAUGGGGUCGGAAACAGCGCCGCUGAAAAGACCCAUAUCACCCCCUAGUUUUGGGGAGGAGGACACGUUCACGUCAAUUAUUUAAUUUUCUUAUUUGCAUGUUUAUGCGGACAAGGAGAGAAAAAAAAAACGAAUUUUUAGCUUAGUCCGAUUAAACUGUGCAUGUAAACGUACUGAGUCACGUGCUUUAAAAGAUCAUUUUCAGUCUAUUCAAUGUUAUUUUCUAACAAACUGAGUGACACAGCUUGAAUAUUACCGUACUAUCUGACUCUGCAGUCAGCCCCCCUCCACACGCAGGACUUGACUCAGCCUUGUGGUUCGGUGACUCGUCUUCAUCAUCGCUCGUAUCAGAGACCGUUGAACUCUGCGGUUUAAAUCUUGUUCAUAUCUCGUGUUUUUAGUCACAGGCUUGUGUUGUUUUUGGUGUGUUUGUUGCUCUCUGGUAAAAUGAGCUCCCCGGGACUGUAGCAGCAGUUUGAGUGGAGUUACCUCGGCGACACAGAAGCCUAUUUUUAGCAGCAGUUAUAUGAAUUGGCCCAGUAUCCCAGUUCAGGCCAUGCAUGCCCAACACUGACCCUCUCAUUACACCCCUCACAGUCUCUCUCUCUCUCUCUGUUACACUCAGGCUCUCUCUCCCUUAUUCAUCAUUUCACCCACCCAUCAUUACCCCCAUUGUGCCUUGCCUACAGUCAUCCACCCGUCUUUUGUUCUGCCUGCCCGCUCCAUCAUUCUGUCCAUCCUGCCCUUCCGCCCACCUGGCUUUUCCUUCCUUGUUUGGCCAGGAAUCACCCCGCAGAGGGCCUGUGAAAGGAACGCCACUGUCUGUCUGUCUGCGUCUCCUCUCUGUGUGGACUCUUUUAGAGUUUGGAGAGUGUAGAGAAGAAGAAGACGAAGAAGAAGAGGAGGAAGAGGAGGAGGAAGAGGCAGUGGGUUAAGGAUGUGAGCCAGGUGCCUGCACCCUGAUCCCUCCCUCCUCCCUCCCUGGGUCCCCACAGUGCCAGGGCCCAUAAGGGCUGACUUAUUGAGCGUGACUCAGAAGGAUCUGUGGAAACGUACACACCGACCACAAUGGCUUUAUAAUAACUGGCCAACCUUCAGGGACCCAGACAGCUAUUUUCACUCUGUCUCUGUCUCUCUCUCUCUCUCUCGCUCGCUCUCUUCCCUAACCCUGGGUUUCUAAUCCUUCUUUCUCUCUGGGGGAUAUGGAGUCGAUUUAUCUGCUGUUGCGUAAUUUUCAUAGCAGGGUGUACGUCGGUUUGACACCUGAGCGUCUGCACGGAUAAUGACGACAUAGAUGGUUUCAGAAAAUGAACCUUCAGGUCAGUUUGACGAGUUUUUGAUGGUAUCGGCUGAUCACAUGGACGCACGCUGAUAAAUUUAGCUGUUUUGAACCCAAAUUGAAACUUGAUGUUCCGUCUGCUCUUGGAGAACUUUAGUUGCCUCCUCUCACACCUGUUUCUAAGCAGUUCCUCUUGUAUGGCGAGGUCAGGCUUCCAUGUUUUUGUCUGUUAUGAUGGUCAGACAUGACAGACUGACCAAUGACCAGUAUGCCGAUGCUGUGAAGAAGAGUGGCGAGGCUAGGCAGGUUACUAAUGGCAGUUUUCGCCAACAUUUCUCUUAUUUACAGUCCGUCCUGCUCGUCUCUGUUCCACACAUCACAAAGGACAUUAACACCAGAGCUGCACAAACGUUCUCUCUGUCUGAUAUCUCCAUCUCACUGCACUGUCUUCAUAUUUCUGCUAAUGCUUCGCCACUUGUUGUUUCUACACGUGACUUUUGCAUGUGGUUCACCUAACGGAGGAUCUUCAAAACCUUAAAACAUGUUGAAAAUGUCAGAACUCUUGCAUCCUUUCAAUAAUUUGUGCGAAAUAGGGAUGAUUUGAGCUUGUAAACGAGAACUCGAGGCAGAGAAAAUUCCUCCGUCAUUUUUUGUAAUCGAGGUACUCGAGGAAUCGUUUCAGCCCUUUCUGAGUAUGCUCAUUUUAACAAACUCGACACUGAGGAAACUUCUACACACAGCCUUUUCUAGGAGUCCUUGAGCUCCAUCAUCCUGUAGGUUCCUCUGGAUCGCUGGACCUUCCUGCUUUCCAUCUGCAUCAGUCUCUUUCUCAGUCUCAGCAGAUGUCUGUCUAACAUCAGUCUGGUCUUUCUCGAGGUUUCUGCCUGUUAAAGGAAGUUCUUCCUCUCCACUGUAACUUGAUAAAUGCUGAAAAGUGUUUCACUCAUGUGGUGUGACCAAACGUCCUCUUUUACCCGAACAUGUCCUCUUUUUAGGGCCUGUCCGGCCUUGUCCGGGGGAGUUUAUAAAAUCUUUCAAAUGUCUGGGGUUUGUACGGAAGUUUUGAGUUUGUGUCGCGUGGACUUACUGAGUUAGAAGUGCGUAAAAAACUCUCGACCCGACCAGGAAAACUCUCAAAAUUAACUACACAUGACUCUGUGACUUCACCACCACAUAAUCAUGUCCUCUUUUCUGGGAUUCAGAAUAUGAUCACCCUGACUCAUGUGGAUGAAUAUUAAGCAAUAGGAGUGGGUCUGAUCUAACAAGAGGUGGCUCCGAUGCAUCAUAAAUAGGUUUUUGAUGGCUAAAUAGAAAUUUGGCCUGUCAGUCCGAUUCUUAAAGCUAAAAUAGAUGUCAAUAAAUCAGGGGAUGUUCAUAUUUAGAGGCUCAAAGUUUUGCUUGAUGAAAACCUCACCUGGCAUCUUCUCAGAUCAGUCACUGAAAGUGUCCUUAAGACUUUCCUCUCAUCCAGUCCUGACUGAUAUUGAUUAUUUCAGCUCCUCUUUUAAAGCUCUUACGGCCUCAUUCGUCUUAAACAAACAUGUUUUUUCUUUUAGGAGUUGAAUCCACUGAGACGCUCAUUAGUUAUAUUUUUCCAGAAAAAGCAAUAUCCUGCAGUGACUCCCUCCACUGAAUGCAUUUGCAAACACGUGCACAGAUGCACCCUCUCUCGCACAAAUACAUAUACAUGCGCCCCUAUACACAAACACACAUACACAUUGCAUUUUAUGAGCGUAUGUUUAUCCUGUGGUCGUACCUGGCUCUUUUUAAUGUCCGUGAAGCCCAGCGGCGCUGCUAUUAGCCGAAAAGACCGGCAUCACAAGAGCACGCAUUCAUACGCACAACACACACGCCAUAAAGGUCGCAUUAUGAAUGUGGAGGGCGGAUGAAAUGGGCUUUUCUGGAGACGGCUGUGUGGACCACGCAGGGGCAGUGUAAGGCUGGGAAAAUGGGGCACGAGGUCUGAGGUGACCCCUGAGGUGAGGUUUGGUCUCUGUGGUUCAGGGUGCUAGGAUUAGCAGAGGAGUACGCCUCCAAAAAAACAUGUUUUGAUUAUCAACUUCUCACCUCGCUGCGCUCAAAGGCGCUCUGAGAGGUUCGUUUGGCUUUUUCCCGAAAGACACAAACGGUCGGUUUCAGACGGACGCGUUACAACCGAGAGGUGAUCAGUUUCAAAUUAGAAAUCUGUUUCAGCGUCAUUUACAUCUUCAGUCGGCUGGACCGGUUAUUUGGUGACAAAUUAGAGCAUAAAGCACAAAACAUGCAAACCAAACCAUGUGACAAUAAUUACAAAGUUUACAAAACUGCUUUUUUUUGCACCCCUACAUUUGCAGACCGAUGUGAAUCUCUGCAAUAUCUGGUUUGCAUGAAAAACUUGAAUGUGCUCUAUAAACUGAACUUUGGCAACAGACUUCAGGAGGAAUGUGAGGUGAAAUUGUAAAAUUGAAAAGAAGUAUUUCGCCUUCUCGGCCCUUAUAGAGGCUGCUUCUGUCAACUUCUUUGCUUUGUCCUUCGUCCCACUCCAAUCAUUUUUUUUGAGAGGCUUUCAUAGUAGUCUUUAAAUUAUGAUUAUGAAAAUUUAUCCAAAAUCACGUUUCUUGUGUCAUUUUUAAGGCUUUUUCUUCUGCAGAGCUCCAGCAGCUCAUUAGCACUUCGCCUCUGAGUCGUGGGCGGAGACAGCGCUGCUCUUCACACUCCUCUUCACGUUAGCUUGUAGCCUAACAUUGUCAGUGUAGUAGAAGUAGCAGGUAACAUAGAAGUUAUUCAGCUCUCAGACACUAAUGUCUUUGGGGACAUGAUGAAAGUUGAUAUCAUAAUUAGCUUUAUUACGAACAUUGUAAUCUAACGCACACGCUUGUUCCACAAUCGUCCUCUCUACUUCUCCAAGUCUGGCCUGUGUGGCAGGGCUCUGGGGGCGGAGCUUGGAUUUGUGAUGUAGGAAAUCUCACUCUGUCUGAGCUAGAGAUUCACAGCAAUUUGAAAGCGGAGAUACUUGGAAAUGCAUUUUCGCACUUGUUUUUCUCAUGAUAUGUCCUGUAACAUCAGAGAAAUGUCAUAAUCAUGUAGACAACAAGAAAAACAUGAUUUUCAUCUGAGUGGGUCUUUAAGGAGUUUGUUUGGUAAGAUCUUAAUCGGGCAACCCUCGGCCUUCAGAUUGGGGAAAUGCAAAAAACUGCAGUUCAGCUUGAGGCGAGCUGCAGAAACAUAGAAAACCACCGACACAGUAAGCCAAAACAAAAAAAAGAGUUUUGGCGACACAGUCUGUGGUUUGAGUCGUAGUGAUUGUCUUCGUCAGUCUGACAUUAAAUACAGUCAGAUUUUCAGAUAAAAACCUGCAGGUAGAUUUGACAGUUUCCUUGAGUCUGUAAAGAAAUGCACUUUCAUGCAUUGGACACUAGAGGCAUCACUCAUUUAUCUAUGAAUACACAGACACUGUGGAAGUGGAGACGAGGUGUUAGAGUGAUUUCUUCCAGUAAUUGUACUUUGGUCCACUCGCAGAUCCGUGUAGUCCAGGUGUACUUUGACUUGGACACAUUAGGCCAUGUUUGUGAUCAUUUCAAACUCACUGUCAGACCAAAGAAAACUUUUGGAAAGUUUUGGAAAAGUUUCUUCAAAAGUUUCUCCUGUUUUAUUCUUACGUUUUUUCAACACGAUAAAUCCACUGAAGCUUCAAUAAAUCAAACCAAACUGCCUCCUUUAGAGACAAGUGUUCAGCCGUGAUGAGAGUGUAGAUCUCUGCUGGAAACUGAGACUUAAAUAUGAACAAAAGAAGUUAAAGAGCGAAAACUUUAACUCUUGGAAAGGUGCAACGCGACAUGACGAUCAGUUCUUAGCAGAUGUGCGGAUGUCAGCAGUGUGUGUGUGUGUGUGUGUGUGUGUGUGUGUGUGUGUGUGUGUGUGUGUGUGUGUGCGUGUGUGCGUGCGUGCGUGCGUGCGUGCGUGCGUGCGUGCGUGCGUGCGUGCGUGCGUGCGUGCGUGUGUGCAGUAAAGAAAGGAUGGCUCGCGAUGACUGCUAAUAGUUCACAGAUGAAAGAGACUGAGCGGAAAUUCAAAGGUAGCCAAGCAACAGGGGAAUGCACACAUGCACAUUCUGCUCGUCCUCUCCUCUCUUUGGCUUUUCAACCCUCAAACACACACACUUACACACACACACACACACUGCACACAUACAGCACUCUAUCAUCAUUAACCAAAGUAGAGGAACACAAUGUUAAGCUCCUCUCCGCGGUCUCGUCCACUGGGUCAGCGCUAAAAUAGGAGCUGGCCGCAGAGUCAGACGAUGGCACCGAGGAGGAGAAUGGAGGGAGGAGAGGAGGAAGAAAAAGUGAGACAGAGGAAGAGGAGGAGAGAGAGAGGGAGAGGUAGGUAGAGGGAAGCGUGUUCCUCGAAAAGAAUCCUUCGAUGAUGUUGGCGUGUGAGAAUGGGGCGUGUCGGCCCGAGUAUUUGCCCCCAGACUGCUGCUGCAGUAGUUGUUGGUAUUUUAAUGGGCCUCUGUUUCUAUAAAGCUGCCUUUGAUCGUUCUCUCGGGCUGCACGUGGAUGUGGACUACACCGGAAACAGACACCUGGUCACACUCUGUCUGUCUGCUCUGUGAGUCCAUCAGCAUCAGGAGUUGGAAUUAAAACUUGAUCCUGAAGAUCUUUGUGCAGAUUUUCAGCUCUAACAUCCAUAUCUGAGAAUAUAAUCCAGAUUAUAGAGCGCCGUAUUCAGAGGGUCGUGCGUAUUCCUCAUUCAUGUGGUCGUUCGAUCUGAAAAACUGCAGACAGCAUUCAUGACUUUUGGUGAGACGGUCAAAGAGACAGAGAGACGGACAGACGUGUCUUGGCACUCGCCGGUCACCUCAACACUCUGUCACCCCCUCCUCCUCCUCCUCCUCCCACUCCUCCUCCUCCUCUUCCUCAGGCUCGGUGUGGGGGUGGUGUGGGGGGGGGUGGUGUCGGGGAGGAGGAGGAUUAUUCUGAGCCAGAGCUCAGCCUGGCCCAGCUGAUUGUGCCGUUUCAUGUGAACCCCAAAUGGAGCUCAUAAAGUUGCCACUCCACAAAGUGUGGCCCCCUGUGGGACAUCUGAUAUUACUGCAGACCCGUGUGUGUGUGUGUGUGUGUGUGUGUUCAUGUGUGUGUGUAAGCAGGUGGGGGGUAUGUAUACAUACAGUACACUCAACUCCUGUUUGUGCGCGCCUCCAUGUUUGCUGAUGUGUGUUUAUGCGUGCACGCGCGCAUGCUCUCGUGCGCGCCCGGGCCAUAACCAGGUCCAGAUGAUUUUGAGCGUCUGCCAGCUUCCCAGAAUAGCAGCGCUGGUUUCCUUGCAGCCCUCCAACUGGCCUUGGCAAAUAUUUUAGCAACUCCAUGUUUACCUUCACACUCCUUCACUCUCUCUCACUCACUCACUCACUCGGAGUGUUCCUCGUUCCCCCCCCCCCGCCCCUCGCCGUCCCGAAGAAUCUGCUUUUUCAUCGUUUAGCCCCGCUGGUCAGGAGCACACAAGCCUGAUAAAUAAAGCUCAGAGAUGGCACAGGCUCAGCGGCUGCAGCAUGCCGGCUGCACGUGGAUGCCUGAGCGAGGCUCUCCUGUUCUGAUCUUCACACAUUCAUCACGGUCCCGGCAGCCGCUCUAUCUGCGGUGUUUAUCUCUGAUAGAUUCUGCUCAUAAAACCUCCGCGACAGAUCCAGACAGCGGGGCAUUCCUUGCCGUGAUCGAUGAGAUGUUUGUCUUAUUAGAGUUCUGCUGAGGCACGACUUGGCCUCCUUACAAGCAUCCGAGCGAACGCCGAGAGCCAAAAGAGAGACGGAUAGUCUUAUUAUAAAACACACAUGCGCUUCAGAGGUGGUGAGGAGAAAGCUAUGUCAGGGUAAGUCCUCACCUUGGAAACGCUAAUCUGUUUUCACAAUGUGUCUCAAAGUGAUAAGUCCCGGGCCGCGCUCCCGUCUCGGAACUAAAGAUGGAAGUCGAAGUGAUGUUUGUACGUGCCACACCUGCGAAAAAAGCUAAUCUUUGUUAAGUGUUUAAUAAAAGCAAACAAGCCGCAUGCUAAUUUUACUCUCUCUGCUCUCUCUUUGCAGUGCCGUCCGUCCAAAGGAAGGAGGCGGGGCUACUGCUGGUGCGUGGACAAAUACGGGCAGUCUCUUCCUGGGUACGACGGCAGGGAGCGGGGCGAGACGCAGUGCUACAACCUGGAGAGCAAAUGAGAGGACAGAGGGAAGAUGGUGGGGGGAGGGCGGGGGAGGAAGAGAAGACGGAAAGGAAAAGAGUCGACUUUGCUCUUGCAUGUAGUUUUGUGUAAACAUUUGAAGGGGGUCUGGACCUUUUUUGAGUUCAGGUCCCGUUUCUGUCCGAGAGUUAGAGAGAUAACAGAGGGGAGGGGAAGGGAGCGAGCGAAGGGUUCGAGCCUCCUGUCCAUCACAGCUAUCUGUCCCGUGCUUAGGGAACCUCUAUCCUUUCUUUAAAAAACAAACAAAUAAGCUGAGAGAGAGAGAGAGAGAGAGAAGGGGAAGAAAGAGAGAGAGACUCCUACCAUCUGCACUAUUCUUUAAGAGAGAGAGAGAGGAAGGAGGGACUUUUCCACUCACUUUUUUAAAGAGGACUUGUUUGUGACUGUGACCCGAAAAAAAAAAAACGCACCACCACCAUUUCUAUUGUCUGUUUGUGAGUCUAUGUGCGUGUCUGUCUGUGUGUGUAUGUGUCUUAACAUGUGAGCACCUGCAUAACAUACGUGUGCACAGCUGCAUGUCUGUGCGAGAUGGCAUGCAAAGAUGGUGUGCGCUUUCCCAAAAGUGUUUAUUUGUGUAAAUACUGUAUGUCACUAAGCUCAGUGCAGAGAUGUCCGACCGCCCCUCCCCUCGCCCUGCUCCGUUCAACAAUGCAGAAGAAAAAAUAAACACUCUCCGCCUCAGGGUCCAUUUUGAAGUGAAGGAUUAUGGGAUAGCAGGGCUUUGACUUCUUCUUCUUCUUCUUAUCCAGGGCCAUCCUCGCUGCCUCUCUUGGUAGAACGUUGCAGUUACAGUGCCUUAAAAACAGAUCUGUCCACGCCUCCCCGUCACCCUGAAAAUCCGCCUUUUCUCGUCUCAGAUACGUGGCGUCUUUUUUGAGAACAGCAGUUGCAGCUCGCUCAGACUUACGGUACCCUGAAAGAAGACUGAAUGAAGAGCGUAAUCCACCUCACUCCUGCUGGAAGUCUCGCAGAUAUACAAGUGUGUUUUUACUUGGCGGUUUAGGAUAGUAACCGUGCCAAAAUAACUCCUGAUGAGCUAACACGGCCGAUAUUUUACACUAAUACCAGCCCACCCAGUGAGGAAUUUCCCCUGGGCUGAAAUGUUCUUACCUGUCAGGCAAAAGGACUCCUAACCUGUUACCCAACAUUGGAUUGAGCUCGCAUAUGCUUUUCCAACGGAGUAGUGAGCUGAAAUUCUCUUUCCAGAUGGGAAAAUUGGAGCGGACUUCGCCUCCCUACUGACUCGUUAAACUGAAGUUUGUUUUCCUAGCAGGAGAUCGGAGUCAAAUUCGCUGAGAAUUGAGAGAGAAUUGUGGAAAAUCAAGCCGGUGUGAAUUAAAGUGGAUUUAAUUUGUUUACCUGCUAAUUUGAUGGAAAUUUUCUUUUAAAAUGGAUCAUUGAGCUUCAUAAUGGGAGGAUUUGCUCAACCAAGAUGGAGCUGAACCUUCAUCUUAGAGCUGCACGAUUCAUCGAUUUUAAAUCCUAAUCAGAUUACUUGAUGAUGACGAUGUUGAAAAAAUCAAAAUCGUCAAAUUGAUUUUCCUCUCUAUCAUGUCUUGUGCCUCCAGGCAACCAUAGGCUCUCCAGUUCCCACACACACCAGUGUAAACAAACAUGGCGUUUGCUAAAGAAGGCGAUAAUUUCAUGGUUAAAAAGGACAAGAGCGAGUCAGUCGUGUUGAAUUGGUACGACUUCACAGUUUCGGACGAAGAGUAAACCACUCCCCGCUGCAAAGUCUGUCUGAAGGCGGUAUCAACCCGUCACCACGGAAACGAAUUCAGGAGGAAACGCUCAAGUUUUUUGUCGUAUCAGCGUUUUGCGUGACUUUAAACGGUACUUUUUUUUUUUUCAGAUUUUAUUUUUGGCCAACAUCGUGCAGCCCUACAAGAAUACAUACGUCACUUUUCUGUGCAAGAGCGAGGAAUAAACUGUCCGAGUCGAGUCCCCCCAGAGUUUGUUCUUCAUUAUAUAAACAAAUAUUUAUCAUAAGGAGCGCCACUCAGACCGCCGACCUCAGAUACAAAUGAGCUUCAAAGAGCUGGAUUGUGCUUCUGCGAUGGAUGUUGUGAAACUCUUCGAGACUCGAUCGGCUGAACAAGAACGUUCUUGUCAGUCAAUGUUGGAUUUUAAUACGGCAGUUCUUUGUCUGAGCUAACUCCAGCUGCUGCGCUCGAUAAAGACCAAGUUUGAGACGUCAGAGACGAGGCGAGUGUUCGGAUCAGAAAAACUCGAUUUUUGGGUGAUUUCAAGAGUUUAUUGAAGUUAGAUCAGUCCUUCUGUUCUCGUCCACAUCAUGUCCCCGUCCCUCUCUUGUGUCCUCAUCUCCAUCUCACCGUCUCGAUGUUGAUUUCCUCCAUCCCUUCACGUCCUUCCCUUUCGUCCUUAACGCUCUGUCCUUGUCCACGUGCCUGAUCCCGUCCACGUCUCCAACCUCACUAACCCUCCUCCAGCCCUCUUCCUGUCAGGGGUGCCUCCUGGUGUAGUCUUGUUUGAAGGGGGUGGUACAGCCCGGUGUGACCGGCCCGCCCUGCUGCAGGUGCCAGCUGCCCCUUAUUGCUUCAAGCACAAGCACUUAAAGCACUUUAGCUGCGCCGCUACUCGUCAUUGCAUGCAGUUAAAGACAAUUGGACCUAUCUGCAUCUGCAUACCUUUCCUCGGAGGUAACGCCAGAUGAAACAGUGUGAUACUGUAAGAAAACAAUAAUACGGAAAAAGAGAGAAAGAGAGAAAAAAACUACACCAGGACUUCUGACAGUAAAGCGAACACCCCUCAGAAAAUUUUCCAUUCAAUGCAACUAUUUUCAUUUUUUUUUUUCGUUGUUGUUGUUUUUGUUUCUUUGAAAAAUGCUUGUAUGAUCGUAUGCCAACAAAUCUCCACGAGGUGGACACAGCACCAAAUAUGCAUUCACACAAGUGGUAGGGGGUCCGAGGGAGGAGGCGGCUUCCUGCCCCGAUGCUCUCCCACAUUCUGUGUAAAGACUUGAAGAGUGGAGAGAGUGCCGACUAAGAAUGCUUGCCCAGUAGCUUGGUAGCAUGAAAAUCGGCUCUGUACACUUUCUUUGAUAGACAGCAGCAACUUCACAAAACCAGCCUGUUGGUGCUCGACCCCAUCGUUUCAAAGACUUGAUGUAACGGGAGGAACAUACGUACAAAUAUGUUUAAGCUAUUCCCUCCCAAAUAUUUGUAAGUGUGUCUUUUUAUAUAUAUAUACAUAUAUAUAUUAUUAUUAUUAUUUCCUGGCCAGCUAUGUGUCUGACUAGACAUCAUGUACAGUACUUAAAAAUGAAAAUUAUUUAUCUAAGAAAGGAAUAUAAGCUGAUCCAAACUAGGUUUUCUUAUGAACAAUUCAGUGACUCACCGAUUGCACAGCAAAGUCUCUAUGAUUCAGUGUAUUUUGGGGAAUAUAAUCACUAAUGAAUGUGUUAUUUUUUCAUGAAUCUCUUCCUUCUGUUGCUCAGCAGUGUCAUUUUUAAGCUCAGCGUCCUGCAGGCCAGUUUUUUUUCAGCCUCAGGGGCGCAAAAAAAAAAAAAAGAAGAAAUCUGUGUCAGUCAGUCACUCAGGUCUCUGGUCAUCUUAGUUCACUGCUUCACAGGAAGAGUGAACCUCUCACCUCUCAGUCUGUCACUUCUCUCCAUGCACACUGCGCCAUCCCGCCUCAGUCUGUCCUAGCGCAGAGCCACAGUCACACUUCUGUAAUAAAAUGUCACUUUUGAAUAUUUCUGGUCACGUUAAGAAUCUCUCUGUUCACGGGUAAAAGUGUAUUUUGUUUUCCUUCUCGAGUUUAUCCUUCAAAGAGUUUUUCUUUUUUUUGAUUCAUGAUACUAAACUAGAAAUCACACAGCUAUUAUUUUCUCUGAGGAAGGAAUGAUUUUGAUUCAAAGUAUAAUUUGUAUUUAAUGUCUUUUUUUAAAUAAAAAGUGAACACAUUUUAAAGAA